AUGUUCCAUGCAUUAGAUAAAUCUAUGGUGGUAUGCGCCCCGACCGGGUCAGGCAAGACAGUUAUAUUCGAAAUGGCCAUAGUACAGUUGUUAAUGGAACUUGAAGAUAAAAACUACACUGACGAUUACAAGAUUAUAUACAUGGCCCCUGUUAAAGCAUUGUGCACAGAACGUAUUACUGAAUGGUAUUCAAAGUACAUGAAGCUCGGCCUCUUAUGUAUAGAAGUGACUGGGGACACGGAUGUAGACUUCUCACAGUUACAACCAUACAGAAUAAUAAUAACGACACCAGAAAAAUGGGAUUUGAUAACUCGACGUUGUAACGAUCUGUCUCUCGUGAAACUGUUCCUUAUAGACGAGGUACAUUCAUUGAACGACGAGACUAGAGGUCCCGUGUUAGAAGCUGUUGUUAGUAGAGUUAAGACUGUACAGUGUUCAAUACAAUGGUGCGUCCGUCUGGUGGCUGUGUCAGCUACAAUCAGUAACCCUGAGGACGUGGCUACUUGGCUUGGGGGAACAAACGCUGUACACUAUAAAUUCGGUGACGAGUGUAGACCAGUUAAGUUGAACCGUGUAGUGGAAGGUUAUCCAUGCUCGCCCGGGACCAGCAUAUUCAAGUUCGAUAUUAUUCUAAACUACAAGCUUUGGCCGGUCAUACAGAAAUAUUACAAUGGGAAACCUACUUUGAUAUUUUGCAACACUAGAAAAAGCGUUAUGUUCACCGCUGAGACUUUAUCCAAAGAAAUCACUGUUGGCUUUAGUCCUGAACAAAGAGCGAAACUAACAACUAUAGCGUCAUCAAUAAGAAAUAAGAAGUUACAGUCGUUGGUGUUGUCCGGCGUGGGGUGCCAUCACGCCGGUCUGUUACUAGACGAGAGGAACGCCAUUGAACAUGCGUUCAGAAACAGAGAUCUUCCUAUACUCAUUACAACUACCACAUUAGCUAUGGGCGUUAAUUUACCAGCUCAUCUUGUUAUUAUUAAGAACACUCAGCAAUAUGUCAACGGAGCGUAUAAGGAAUACAGUAUAAGUACUGUGUUACAAAUGAUCGGUAGAGCGGGUAGACCGCAGUUCGAUCGUGAGGCGACCGCCGUUAUUAUGACCAGACUACAGGAUAAGGUAAGUAAAUAG